AUGGCUGGCGCGGCAGCGGCGGCCAUCCCCACGGUGGCCUCGGCGAUCAUCGGCUUCGACGACCUCACGACUCAAGCGGGGGCGGGACCUGACACCGUCGCCUACCUGAGGGCGCGGGGCAUCGACCGCACGCCGACGCUCGCACUGGUGGCGACGACGGCCGAGGACUUUGUGAAGGUCGUCGUCCAGCCGUUCCUCAAUGGCGUCGACGUCGCCGGCACGCGGCACAAGGCCGCCGACGAGGUGGCCCCGGUGGUCCAGGCCAUCCUGACCCACUGCUGGAUGGAGGCCCGUCGCCAGUGGGAGCUACACUCGGCUCCGCCAACGCCGGUGGCGCCCGCCGCGGUGGCAGCUCCAGCGCCGGCCCCCCCGCCUAGGGUCGACGAGAGGCCGCCCAAGCUUUUCCCGGCGUGGGCGGCGCAGGUGGAGGCGUUCAAUGCCCGCCUGCUCGGCGGCCAACGUCGCCGAUUCCCCACCCAUGUGCUGCUGGGCGCCGAAGAGGUCCUGGCGCGCAUGUGGCACGAACACACGACGUCCAAGCUCUACACCCCGGCGUCGCUCGUCGAGAUCUUGGCGCGGCGGACAUACCAGGCAUCUGGCGAGGUGAACCCUCACGCCGUGCGCCGAGCUUCGGCGACGACGGAGGAGAAGGAGUGGACUCCUCGCACACUCAUCGCCGUGCUCGACGGGCUCGAGUCGGAGGCCAUCGACGAGUUCGCCGACUGGUUCGCCGCCAAGGCCAGGUCCAGGCCGACGAUGAUUGAGCACGUCGUCGAGUUCUGGUCAGCCAUCGGCUGGUCCCUGGCGAUGGACCUGCGCCUGGGCAAGACCUUCGCCGAGUCGACGCAGGCGAUCAUGGCGAACCACUCCCUCUUCUACGACGUCAUGGCGAGGCCGCCGAAGCAGCCCCCUCGUCGCCCGCCCCCCGCGUCUGCAGCGGGGGAGGAGGCGAACGACAUGGACGACGAGACGGCCGCACGCCCGACGGGACAGCACGGGACCGCGUCGGAUGUGGAGACCGACGCGGCACCCGACCCGACGCCGAAACGCGUCCGCCUCUCCCACCGGAAGCCCAAGGCCGACGAGAUCAUCGUGCUGUCGGCCUUCGACGGGGUGGGGGCGCCCUGGCUCAUCAACCAGGAGUUCGGCGAGCCCCUCCUGGCGCUUUCUUGGGAGGUCGACGCCGCCGCGUCGCAGCUGACUCGGCGACACAUGCCGUGGAUCAAGGAGAGAGGGGACAUCUCCAAGGACUCGCCAUCGGCGGUGGCGGCGUUGAUCCGGCGGGUGGAUCCCCAUGCCAGAGCCUGCGUCCUGUGGGCGGCGGCCCCGCCCUGCCAGGACUUCUCCAGGGUCGCGUCGGGACAGGGACACGACGGAGAACGUGGGGGCCUCUUCCUCGUCGCCGCUGACUUCUACGAGGAGCUCAAGGCGGAGCUCCCCGAUCACGUCGUCGUCUCGCUGUGGGAGAACGUCGUCAUGAAUAAGAAGGACGCCGACGUCGUCUCCAAGAAGCUCAACAUGGAGCCGGUCAUCGUCUGUGCGUCGGACUUCGGUUGGAUCUCGCGGCCGAGACUGUGGUGGCUGCCCGUCGAGUGGGAGGCAUUUAGGGAGCACCCUACGACGGGGGAAGCCUUCCAUUGGCACACCCGCGACGGUUUCCGGCGCCUGCGCCUGGGCGUCCCUCGGGCCUCCGAGGACGCGUUCCAACUCGACGGGUGGCAGUUCCACGACUCGGUGCGGGCUGGCCGGGUCCUGAUGCCCUGCGCCACGACGCCGGCGCUGGACGACAAUGGGCGCCCGGCGCCCAAGUCGGCGAGGGGCAGGAUACCCCAGGACGUCCGCGAGCGGUGGCUCCAGGACUCCCGCCGCUAUGCGCCGUGGCACUAUCGCCGGGAGGCCAUGAUGACCGACGAAAGGGGCCACCUACGGCUCCCCACCCCCGAGGUGAGGGAGCAGCUGCACCACAUGCCCGUCGGUUACACGGCGGCGGCGGGUGCCGACGAACGCGCUCGCCUUAGACUCGUCGGCAAUGGCUGGCACUGGGGGGUGGCGUCCCGGAUGCUCUCCCUUUUGGUCGUCGCCGCCUCCAUUGGCUCAGUGUCGGCGGCGCCGUCGGCUGGGACUUUGCCGAGACCGCCGCGGUGCACGACGCUGCAGUGGCUGGCGUCGCAACGGUGGGGCAGCACCUGGGACAUGACCCCCCCGCCGCGGGCGAGGGACGUCGUGAUCGACGAGCUGGAGUCCGAGGAGGAUCACUGGCGGCGGUCCCUCAGCUUGCGGCACCCGGCGGCGGACACUCCGACGCUGGAGCCGGCCUUAGAGUGGGUCCUGCGAACGGGGACGAGGUGGCGACACGACCUCGUGCGCAUCCGACGGGAGGUCAUCCAGGAGAUCGGCGCCAUGGUCGAGGACUCUACUGAGGCGACGACGUCGUGGAUCAGGGACCGGCCGCUCCCGGUCAGGGCGACGUACUCGACGCCUGACCGGGAUCGCCCCACCCAGGUCCCCGUCCUGCUGGAGCUGCUGGACGUCGCCGGCUACCCGAACGUCGACGCCCUCAGGUCCGACCUCUCCGACGGCUUCGACAUGCUGGGGCCCCUACGCUCGGGCCCGGGGUGGCGGAAGCGGUCCGACGACCGCUACGCCAACCCGAUGCCCUUGGCGUCGUUGGCGGUUGGGAAGGACCAACCCUGGGGAGUACUCCUCGACGAGCUCGUCCAGGAGACCAAGCUCGGCAGGGUGCUGGGCCCAUGCCGGGCCCCCGACGACUGGAAGGUUAAGACGGUGCCCAUCUACGACGUCGCCGGGAUGACCGAGCUCGUCGAGCCACCGCCUGGGCAGGUCUUCGUCGCCGCCUCGUUCCCCAUUGUCCAGUUCGACGAGCAUGGUGACCCGAAGAUCCGACGGGGGGAAGAUUGGCGCCGCUCAGGGCACAACAGCACCGUCAAGGCGGACGACGUCCCGACGCACCAUUUCGUCGGGGACUUUGUGGACAUGGCGCGUCGGUUCGUCGCCAUGGACGUCGUCCCGUUGGUGCUUGGGCAUGAUCUGCUCUCGGCGUACCGCCAGUGGGCGGUGAAGGUCCCGGCGCAUUGCGGGACCUUCUUACCGACGCGCCACGGGGUCACCCUGUGGUUCCAUCUGGCGAUGUGCUUCGGCGCUGCCGCGUCGGUGUGGAACUUCAACAGGGCAGGCGACGCGUUGCAGGUCCUGCUGCGCCAGUUCCUGCUCAUCGUCGGCGGCCACUACGUCGACGACUUCAACGCCGUGGACUUCCCGGAGACGGCGCAGUCGGCGUUCGACGCCUUCGCGGACCUGUUCGCCCUGCUGGGGCUCCGGACGAAGCCGUCCAAGGCCCAGGAGCCGGGCACUGCCCACGUCGUGCAGGGCGUCACAUUCCAGGUGCGCCGCGACGGGGUCGAGUUGAGACCAACGGAGAGCCGGGUGGCCAAGCUCCUCGCCGCCAUCGAGUCUGCCCUGGUCUCCAACAGGCUCGCGCCGGCGGCGGCCCAGCGCCUAGCGGGGAAGCUCACCUUCUUGACCCAGGCCACCUUCGGCGCCGUCGGGAAGGCAGCCCUCAAGCCGGUCUACGCCCGGGCGUCCGACACUUCAGCGACGUCGGACGACGAGCUGUCAGUUGGGCUCAGGUCGGCGCUGCGAGCCCUGGCCGCUCUUCUUCGACGAGUACAGCCUCGGUUCUUCCCCUUUGCGCCGGACUCGGAGCCCUUCGCCGUCCUCUACGCCGAUGCGUUCUUCCAGGAGGGCGACCUGGUGCACAAAGCGGGUUUCGUCCCGACGUCGGCCCGGGCGUCCCCGCGUGACCGUUGGAACAACGGUUGGGGCUUUGUGCUCCGCGUCGGCGCCCGCGUUCUCUACAGCAGAGGCAGGGUACCGUCGUGGUUUCUCAAGCACUUCGCCGCCCGCAAGGCGUUCAUCUACGUCUUGGAGAUCCUCGCCCAGGUCUUCGCUCUCGUCGCGUUCGGCCGUCGGCUACCCCGGUUCUGGCUGGCGUACAUCGACAAUGUCGCCGGCCAGUUCGCCCUGCUGAAGGGGUACGGCAGGGACGCGUCGGUUAACGGCGUGUUAGCAGCCUUUUGGGCUUCGGCGGCCAGGUUCGCCUGGUUCCCCCAGUUCCGCCGGGUCCCGUCGAAAGCCAAUGUUUCCGACGCCGUGUCCCGCGACGACCUCUCCAAGGCCCAGGAGCUCGGCUGGGAGUGGGUCGACGUCCCCGACGAGGCCAUUAUGAUAGUCUUGGCCAAGGCGGCGGUGGACGUCGAGUACGCGUCCGACAUGGCAGGCGACGACCUCGCGGCGGUUUCUGACUCGUGGGAGUUUCGUUAG